GACGUCAUUCUUUUGUGAAAAGUGUGGCUUCGUGUUUCGUCUGCAUUGAAAAGUUUUCAGAGUGUGAUUUUGUGUUGAAAAAAGACUCAAAUCUACCAGUGAUUGUGUGCAAAUCAUGGGGGACUCCCUGGAGAGCACCGAUACGCCGGGGGAUGCCCAAAAUGUGGCGAUUGUGGAGUACGGGGCGUUUGCCAAUUACCUGCGGAAGGCAACCACCAUCUUGCUGCCGGAGGAAGAUGUUGUGCCGCCUGCUCUUAAUCUCGCCCUGGAUGACCGUACCAACCAGGAAAGUAUCCGCAAGUUCCUCAGCGAUGGGCAAGUGCAGGCACUCUACAUCCAGCGCUGCUGCUCCAAAGAGGACGAAAAUGAUCAAACGCCAGAAGGCGAUGAAGAGAAGGAAUUGGUGACUUACUACAUCAGCAAUGAAGUCAUCUACUCCAAUCAUCGUAUGACAUCUCUGGUUUGUAUCAAGCGAGGAAGUGUCGUUGAGGCUGAUAAGACCAUUCACAGUCAAGUACGCCUCAUUAAUUUUUCCGAGGGAUCUCCCUAUGAGACCCUUCAUGCCUUCAUCAGCAAAUCCCUGGCUCCUUACUUUAAGAGUUACAUCAAGGAGUCAGGUCGUGCUGAUCGUGAUGGUGACAAAAUGGUGCCGAGUGUUGAGAAGAAAUUGGCCGAAUUGGAAAUGGGUUUGUUGCAUCUUCAACAGAAUAUUGAUAUUCCUGAAAUUUCUCUGAUUGUCCAUCCAAUUGUCAGUCAAACCAUUAAAAAAUGCGCUGAUGAUGGGUAUAAGGCAAAAGUGGGUGAUUUUGGGGAUAAAGUUGAGGAUUCGUCAUUUCUCAAUCAACUUCAAAAUGGGGUCAAUCGAUGGAUUAAGGAGAUACAGAAGGUGACGAAACUCGAUCGUGAUCCUUCCAGUGGUACGGCUCUUCAAGAGGUGUCCUUCUGGUUGAAUCUCGAACGUGCAUUGCAUAGGAUUCAGGAGAAGAGGGAAUCGUUGGAAGUGACUCUUACUCUUGAUAUUCUGAAGCAUGGAAAGCGUUUUCAUGCAAUUGUUUCAUUUGACACGGACACUGGAUUGCAGCAAGCACUAGCAAUGGUAGCUGACUACAAUCCCCUGAUGAAGGAUUUUCCCAUCAAGGAUUUACUCUCGGCCACGGAAUUGGAGAAGAUUAGGUCAGCUGUUCAGUCGAUUUUUUCGCAUUUGCGCAAAGUCAGGAGCACUAAGUAUCCGAUACAGCGUGCAUUGAGGCUCAUUGAGGCCAUUUCGAGGGAUUUGGGGCAGCAAUUGCUGAAGGUUCUGGGCACCAGGAGACUCAUGCAUAUCCCCUUUGAUGAGUUUGAACGUGUGAUGAAUCAGUGCUUUGAGGUAUUUAGUUGCUGGGAUGAUGAGUAUGACAAGUUGCAGGCCCUUAUGAGGGAUAUUGUCAAGAAGAAGCGCGAUGAGCAGUUGAAGAUGGUUUGGCGUGUUACGCCGGCGCAUAAAAAACUUCAGGUGCGCAUGGAGAAUAUGAGGAAGUUCCGGAGGCAGCAUGAACAACUGAGGACUGUCAUUUUGCGUGUCCUGCGUCCAUCGCGUCAAACUGAAGGAGGCCAAGGGGACAGCAUUACCGAUUCCAAGCAACCCUACAGCUUGGAGGCUACUGAUGCCAAUGCCAUUGAAGAAGUCAAUUUGGCCUAUGAGAAUGUCAAAGAGGUUGAAUGUUUGGACAUUACCAAGGAAGGUACAGAAGCCUGGGAUGCAGCAGUGAAGCGCUAUGAGGAGCGCAUUGAUCGUGUAGAAACAAGGAUCACAGCUCAUCUUCGUGAUCAAUUGGGCACGGCAAAAAAUGCCAAUGAAAUGUUUCGAAUCUUUUCACGAUUCAAUGCUCUGUUUGUGCGUCCGCAUAUUCGUGGGGCCAUCCGGGAGUAUCAGAUUCAGUUGAUUCAACGUGUCAAAGAUGACAUUGAGGCACUUCAUGAGAAAUUCAAAGUGCAGUAUCCGCAGAGUAAGAGUUGCCGGAUAUCCAAUGUCAGGGACUUGCCUCCAGUUGCGGGAUCAAUAAUUUGGGCUCGUCAAAUUGACAAUCAACUGACGAUGUAUCUCAAGAGAGUGGAAGAUGUACUUGGCAAAGGCUGGGAGUCCCAUAUUGAGGGACAGAAGCUCAAGAAUGACGGUGAUAGUUUCCGUGCCAAGUUGUCGACCUUUGAGGUAUUUCAGGAUUGGGCGAGGAAGGUGCAGGAGAGAAAUUUUGGCAUCAGUGGACGUAUCUUCACCAUUGAGUCCAGUCGCUCUCGUACCGGUCGUGGAAAUGUCCUCAAGCUCAAAGUCAACUUUCUCCCGGAGAUCAUCAUGUUGUACAAGGAGGUUCGCAAUUUGAAGAGUCUAGGAUUUAGGGUUCCACUGGCAAUUGUGAAUAAAGCUCAUCAAGCCAACCAAAUCUAUCCUUUUGCGAUUUCUCUGAUUGAAAGUGUCCGAACUUACGAACGAACUCUGGACAAGCUAACAAAUAGGAGUUUAGCACAUAAUUCCGUAUUUAAGAUUGAAGAUCGUGCUAGUAUUGUUCCCCUUGUGGCUGGUUUGCGUCAAGAUGUUCUGGCAUUGAUCUCUGAAGGGAUUCAAUUGGUGUGGGAGAGCUACAAAUUGGAUCCGUAUGUUCAGCGUCUGUCGGAGUGUGUUGUGGCAUUUCAGGAGAAAGUUGAGGAUUUACUUGUGGUUGAGGAGCAACUUGAUGUAGAUGUUCGUUCACUGGAGACAUGUCCCUACAGUGCAGCAACUUUUGCGGAUAUUUUGUCAAAGAUUCAACAUGCUGUUGAUGAUUUAUCACUCAGGCAGUAUUCGAAUCUUCAUGUUUGGGUGGCUAGGUUGGAUGAGGAGGUUGAGAAGAAGUUGGCAGCUCGUCUGCAGGCUGGUAUUCAGGCAUGGACUGAUGCAUUGACGGGAAAUAAGAAGGAGGUUGAUUUGUCCAUGGAUACUGAUGCACCAGUUUUGCCAACUCAUAAACCUGGCGGAGAACCACAGAUUCAGAAUGCUAUUCAUGAGAUUCGUAUUACAAAUCAACAGAUGUAUCUGUAUCCAUCAAUUGAGGAGGCUAGAUUUCAGAUUAUGCAGCAAUUGUUUGCAUGGCAGGCAAUUGUAACGUCUCAGACGCGUCUACAGAGUUCUCGGUAUCAAGUUGGUCUGGAUAAACCGGUGUCACAGACAUACAGAAAUCUCCUGACUAAACUUCCAACUGGUUCGGAAACCAUUGAACAUGCCUAUGAGGCAAUUGAAGGGAAGAUUGGAGAGGUACGUGUGUAUGUUGACGAAUGGUUGCGUUAUCAGAGUCUGUGGGAUCUUCAACCAGAUAUCCUAUACGGACGUCUUGGAGAGGAAAUUAAUUUGUGGAUUAAAUGUUUGAAUGACAUCAAAAAAUCUCGUACAACCUUCGAUACAUCAGAUACGAGACGAGCAUAUGGACCUAUUGUCAUUGACUACGCAAAGGUUCAGGCUAAAGUUACAUUGAAGUACGAUUCAUGGCAUAAGGAAGCUCUCAGUAAGUUUGGAACACUUCUCGGCAACGAGAUGACAACGUUCCAUGGAAAAGUGUCAAAGUCUCGUAGUGACCUGGAGCAGCAGAGUAUUGAAGCAGCUAGUACAUCAGAUGCCGUUAGCUUCAUCACUUACGUGCAGUCACUGAAGAAGGAAAUGCUGAUUUGGGAUAAACAAGUUGAGGUCUAUCGUGAGGCUCAGCGAAUUCUCGAACGUCAACGCUUCCAGUUUCCCAAUUCUUGGCUUCACGUUGACAAUAUCGAGGGUGAAUGGUCGGCUUUCAAUGAGAUCAUGAAACGCAAAGAUUCAGCCAUUCAGACUCAAGUGGCUAGUCUUCAAGCUAAGAUUGUUGCUGAAGAUAAAGCCGUUGAAACUCGUACUGCGGACUUCCUCAAUGAUUGGGAGAAGAAUAAGCCUACAGGUGGAAGGAUUCGUCCUGAUGAUGCUCUGCAGCAGUUGCAAUUGUUUGAGAGUAAAUUCUCCCGUCUCAAGGAAGAACGAGACAAUGUGGCUAAGGCCAAGGAAGCUCUGGAACUUCAAGAGUCCGCCAUUCAGAACAACAGCGGUGAGAGGAUGAAUGUUGUGCUGGAAGAAUUGCAGGAUUUGCGUGGAGUCUGGAGUGAGUUGUCAAAGAUUUGGACACAGAUUGAUGAGACGCGUGAGAAGCCAUGGUUGUCUGUUCAGCCUCGUAAGCUCCGCUACUCCCUCGAGACAAUGCUGAGUCAGCUCAAAGAACUCCCAGCUCGUCUAAGGAUGUACGAGAGCUAUGAAUAUGUAAAGAAACUCCUUCAGAGCUACAUCAAAGUCAACAUGUUGAUCAUCGAGCUGAAAUCUGAUGCUCUCAAAGAGCGUCACUGGAAACAACUCACCAGACAGCUCAAAGUCAACUGGAUUCUGUCAGAUUUGACCCUAGGUCAAGUCUGGGAUAUCAAUCUCCUCAAGAAUGAAGCGAUCGUCAAGGAUAUCAUCCUUGUGGCUCAAGGAGAAAUGGCUCUUGAAGAAUUCCUCAAGCAAGUUCGAGAAUCUUGGCAAAAUUAUGAAUUGGAUUUGAUAAAUUAUCAGAACAAGUGUCGAAUCAUCCGAGGAUGGGAUGAUCUGUUCAACAAAGUCAAGGAACAUAUAAAUUCAGUGGCAGCAAUGAAACUCUCUCCCUACUACAAGGUCUUUGAGGAGGAAACACUAACAUGGGAAGAGAAACUGAAUCGCAUCAAUGCUCUCUUUGAUGUUUGGAUUGACGUACAACGACGCUGGGUGUAUCUAGAAGGAAUCUUCUCGGGAAGUGCUGACAUCAAAACUCUGCUUCCAGUUGAAACAUCCAGAUUCCAGAGUAUCAGUUCGGAAUUCCUGGGAUUGAUGAAGAAAGUUGCUAAAUCUCCAAAAGUAAUGGAUGUUCUCAAUAUCCCAGCUGUACAGCGUUCCUUGGAACGUCUAGCUGACUUGUUGGGCAAGAUUCAAAAAGCCCUUGGAGAGUAUCUUGAACGUGAACGAACAUCUUUCCCACGAUUCUACUUUGUGGGCGAUGAAGAUCUUCUCGAGAUCAUUGGCAACAGCAAGAAUGUUGCACGUUUGCAGAAGCACUUCAAAAAGAUGUUUGCAGGAGUUGCUUCAAUAAUUCUCAAUGAAGAUAACACCGUUGUCCUUGGAAUUGCUUCUCGUGAGGGUGAAGAAGUUAAAUUUGUUCAUCCCGUUUCAACCGUUGAACACCCAAAGAUCAAUGAAUGGUUGAGUCUGGUGGAGAAAGAGAUGCGAUUCACUCUGGCUUCGUACUUGGCUCAAGCCGUUCAGGACAUCAAACAAUUCAAAGAUGGACAGAUUGAUCCACAAAAGUAUAUGGAAUGGUGUGACAAGUAUCAAGCACAAAUAGUUGUACUAGCAGCUCAGAUUUUGUGGUCAGAAGAUGUAGAAUCUGCUCUACAGCAGAGUUCUGAAAAUUCAGGAGCAAAGAAUCCUCUGAAUCGUGUUCUGGCCACUGUAGAAGCAACACUCAAUGUUCUGGCGGAUUCAGUGCUUCAGGAACAGCCAGCUCUGAGGCGAAGGAAGUUGGAGCAUUUGAUCAAUGAAUUCGUUCACAAAAGAACUGUUACGCGUCGCUUAAUUGCCAACAAAGUGACCAAUCCCAAGUCCUUCCAAUGGCUCUGUGAGAUGCGUUUCUACUUUGAUCCUCGGCAGACUGAAGUGCUGCAGCAAUUGACAAUUCACAUGGCAAAUGCCAAAUUCUUCUAUGGCUUUGAGUAUUUGGGUGUUCAGGAUCGUCUGGUACAGACUCCACUCACAGAUCGAUGCUACCUUACGAUGACUCAAGCUUUGGAAUCACGUCUCGGUGGAUCACCAUUUGGACCGGCAGGAACGGGCAAGACAGAGUCCGUGAAGGCUCUCGGACACCAAUUGGGCCGUUUCGUAUUGGUGUUCAAUUGCGAUGAGACCUUUGAUUUUCAGGCCAUGGGAAGAAUCUUUGUGGGAUUGUGUCAAGUUGGUGCUUGGGGAUGUUUUGAUGAAUUCAAUCGUCUGGAGGAGAGAAUGCUCUCAGCGGUGUCUCAACAAAUCCAGACAAUUCAGGAAGCUCUGAAAUCUCAUCAGGACAGCAACAAAGAUACUCCAAGUAUCACUGUCGAGUUGGUUGGUAAGCAAGUUCGAGUGUCUUCGGACAUGGCAAUUUUCAUCACAAUGAAUCCUGGCUAUGCUGGGAGAUCCAAUCUUCCGGACAAUUUGAAGAAACUUUUCCGAUCUUUGGCCAUGACAACGCCAGAUCGACAAUUGAUUGCCGAAGUUAUGCUGUUCAGUCAGGGUUUCCGAUCUGCAGAGAAACUUGCUUGCAAAAUUGUUCCAUUCUUCAAGCUUUGCGACGAACAAUUGUCCAAUCAAUCUCACUACGAUUUUGGCCUGCGUGCCCUCAAGUCUGUUCUCGUGUCAGCUGGUAAUGUCAAACGCGAUAGAAUUAUGAAGAUUAAGGACAAUAUGAAGCAACGUGGUGAGGAGAAUAUCGAUGAGGCGUCCAUUGCGGAGAAUUUGCCCGAACAGGAGAUUCUGAUUCAAUCUGUUUGUGAGACAAUGGUGCCUAAACUUGUGGCUGAAGAUAUUCCAUUGCUGUUCUCCCUACUCAGCGAUGUAUUCCCGAAUGUGGGAUACACCAGGGCAGAGAUGAAGGGACUCAAGACGGAAAUCAGGAAAGUCUGUGCUGAGGAGUAUUUGGUUUGCGGUGAAGGAGAUGAGCAGGGAUGCGCCUGGAUGGAAAAGGGAUUCGGAGAGACAUGGGUGGAAAAAGUCCUACAACUCUAUCAAAUUUCCAACCUGAAUCAUGGUUUGAUGAUGGUUGGACCUUCGGGAUCGGGUAAAUCAACAGCCUGGAAAGUUCUUCUGAAGGCUUUGGAGAGAUUUGAAGGGAUUGAGGGAGUGGCUCAUGUUAUUGAUCCCAAAGCUAUCUCCAAGGAAGCUCUCUAUGGUGUCCUAGAUCCGAAUACUCGUGAAUGGACAGACGGAUUGUUUACGCAUAUUCUCAGAAAGAUCAUUGACAAUGUCCGUGGAGAAAUUAACAAACGUCAGUGGAUUAUUUUUGAUGGUGACGUAGAUCCAGAAUGGGUGGAGAAUUUGAAUUCAGUUCUCGAUGAUAACAAACUCCUGACCCUACCGAAUGGUGAACGUCUCUCAUUGCCGCCAAAUGUGAGAAUUAUGUUUGAGGUGCAGGAUUUGAAAUUUGCAACUCUGGCCACAGUUUCCCGUUGUGGAAUGGUUUGGUUCUCCGAAGAUGUUCUCUCUACUGAGAUGAUCUUCGAUAACUAUAUGAUGCGCCUCAAGAAUAUUCCACUGGAAGAUUCUGAUGAUGAUUACUUUGGAUCGGCUGGAAAGGAGAAGAAAGAUGAUGAAGCAUCUCCGGCUCUUCAGACCCAGAGAGAAGUUGCUGCUCUUCUCCAAUCCUACUUUGCAGCCGAUGGUCUUGUUGUCCGUUGCCUUGAGUAUGCCAUGGAACAAGAACAUAUAAUGGAUUUUACUCGUUUGCGUGCAUUGAGUUCACUCUUUUCAAUGCUCAAUCAGGCAGCUCGAAAUGUUUUGAUAUUCAAUGCUCAACAUCCAGAUUUUCCUGUGACAUCUGAACAGCUUGAGCAGUUCAUUCCCAAGGCUUUGGUGUAUUCUCUGUUGUGGUCAUUUGCUGGGGAUGCUAAGCUCAAGGUUAGGUCAGAUUUGGGUGAUUUCAUUAGGAGUGUCACGACAAUUGGGUUACCCAGUAAUACGGGAGCACCAAUUAUUGACUAUGAGGUUAGUAUCAAUGGUGAUUGGUUGCCGUGGUCCAAUAAAGUGCCGGUGAUUGAGGUGGAGACUCAUAAAGUAGCAGCUCCGGAUGUUGUUGUUCCCACAUUGGAUACUGUUCGGCAUGAAUCAUUGCUGUACACUUGGUUGGCAGAACAUAAGCCAAUUGUUUUGUGUGGUCCACCAGGAUCGGGAAAAACGAUGACACUGUUUUCGGCAUUGAGAGCAUUGCCGGAUAUGGAAGUUGUUGGGUUGAAUUUCUCUUCGGCUACAACGCCUGAACUUUUGCUGAAGACAUUUGAUCACUACUGUGAGUAUAGGAAGACACCAAAUGGCGUGGUACUGGCUCCGGUGCAAAUUGGGAAGUGGUUGGUAUUGUUCUGCGAUGAGAUUAAUUUGCCGGAUAUGGAUUCGUAUGGGACACAGAGGGUGAUUUCAUUUUUGCGUCAAUUGGUUGAGCAUAAGGGUUUCUAUAGGGCUGGCGAUCAGUCUUGGGUGACACUGGAGAGGAUUCAAUUUGUUGGAGCUUGCAAUCCACCAACUGAUCCGGGUCGAAAGCCCCUUUCCCAUCGAUUCUUGCGACAUGUCCCAAUUAUCUAUGUUGACUAUCCGGGUGAGACGUCUCUCAAGCAGAUUUACGGCACAUUCAGUCGAGCUAUGUUGCGUAUGAUGCCAUCUUUGAGGGGUUAUGCUGAACCACUGACCAAUGCCAUGGUGGAAUUUUAUUUGGCAUCCCAAGAUCGAUUUACCCAAGAUAUGCAGCCACACUAUGUUUACUCGCCGAGAGAGAUGACACGUUGGGUCAGAGGAAUCUGUGAAGCUAUCAGACCUCUGGAUACCCUGGCAGUUGAAGGAUUGGUUCGCCUAUGGGCUCAUGAAGCCCUACGGCUCUUCCAGGAUCGCUUGGUGGAGGAGUCAGAACGUCGUUGGACAAAUGAGAAUAUUGAUAUUGUUGUAGCGAAACAUUUCCCCUCGGUUGAUCAUGAUAAAGCCCUGGCCAGGCCCAUUCUCUACAGCAAUUGGCUCUCCAAGGAUUACAUGCCGGUCAAUCGGGAUGAAUUGCGUGAUUAUGUCAAGGCACGCCUUAAGAUUUUCUACGAAGAAGAGUUGGAUGUUCCUCUGGUGCUCUUUGAUGAAGUUCUAGAGCAUGUUCUGCGUAUCGAUCGAAUCUUCCGGCAACCUCAAGGGCAUUUGUUGCUGAUUGGAGUUUCAGGAGCUGGAAAAACAACCCUCUCUCGUUUUGUGGCUUGGAUGAAUGGACUCUCCGUCUUCCAGAUUAAAGUUCACAAUAAAUACACCAGUGAAGAUUUUGAUGAAGAUUUAAGAUCAGUUCUUCGGAGGUCGGGAUGCAAAGACGAAAAGAUUGCUUUCAUCCUGGAUGAGUCAAAUGUCCUAGAUUCCGGAUUCCUCGAGAGGAUGAAUACACUGUUGGCCAAUGGUGAAGUUCCGGGAUUGUUUGAAGGAGAUGAAUAUACAACUCUGAUGACUCAAUGCAAAGAAGGAGCUCAGAGGGAAGGAUUAAUGCUAGAUUCCAGUGAUGAACUCUACAAAUGGUUUACGCAACAAGUUAUGCGAAAUCUUCAUGUUGUCUUCACCAUGAAUCCAUCAACGGAUGGUCUCAAAGAUAGAGCUGCAACAUCACCGGCUCUCUUCAAUCGUUGCGUUCUCAAUUGGUUUGGUGAUUGGUCAGAAUCUGCCCUGUUCCAAGUUGGCAAGGAAUUUACCAUUCGUGUGGAUUUGGAAAAACCCAAUUGGUCUCCACCGGAUUUCUUCCCAUCAGCUUGCCCGUUGAUCCCAGCUACGCCCAAUCAUCGAGAUGCCGUAAUCAAUGCAUGCGUCUAUGUCCAUCAGACACUCCACAAGGCCAAUGCACGCCUGGCAAAACGUGGAGGACGUACCAUGGCCAUCACUCCAAGGCACUAUCUCGACUUUAUUCAUCACAUGGUUAAGCUUUACAAUGAGAAACGCAGUGAUCUAGAGGAGCAACAGCUACAUCUCAAUGUGGGCUUGAACAAAAUAGCCGAAACUGUAGAACAAGUGGAGGAAAUGCAAAAGUCACUGGCAGUAAAGUCACAGGAAUUGCAAGCGAAGAAUGAGGCAGCAAAUGCAAAAUUGAAGCAAAUGUUCAAGGAUCAGCAGGAGGCUGAGAAGAAGAAGGUACAAUCCCAAGAGAUUCAAAUUCAACUUGCUGAGCAAACGGUGCAAAUUGAGGAGAAACGCAAGAGAGUUAUGGCUGAUCUGGCUCUCGUGGAACCGGCUGUUGUUGAUGCUCAACUCGCUGUAAAGUCCAUCAGGAAGCAGCAUCUCGUCGAAGUUCGCUCAAUGGCGAAUCCGCCGGCUGUUGUGAAAUUGGCACUCGAAUCGAUAUGUUUGCUGCUUGGUGAAAAUGCAUCCGAUUGGAAAUCGAUUCGAGCUGUGAUCAUGCGAGAAAACUUUAUUAAUUCCAUUGUGUCUAACUUCAGUACUGAAGAUAUAACGGAUGAUGUUCGUGAAAAGAUGAAGACUCGCUAUCUCUCGAAUCCGGAGUAUAACUUCGAGAAGGUUAAUCGGGCUAGUAUGGCUUGCGGACCUAUGGUGAAAUGGGCCAUCGCUCAGAUUGAAUAUGCUGACAUGUUAAAGAGGGUUGAACCUCUGCGUGAUGAAUUGCAAUCUCUGGAAGAUCAAGCAGAAGUCAAUAUGAGUCAUGCUCAAGAUAUCAAAGAUCUUAUUUCUCAGCUUGAGCAGAGUAUUGCUGCGUACAAGGAAGAGUAUGCUCAAUUGAUUUCCCAAGCUCAGGCCAUUAAGACGGACCUUGAGAAUGUUCAGGCUAAGGUAGAUCGAUCAAUUGCACUGUUGAAGAGUCUCAAUAUUGAGAGAGAUCGCUGGGAGGCAACCAGUGAGACUUUCCGUUCUCAAAUGUCCACAAUUAUUGGUGAUGUCCUACUCUCUGCAGCUUUUAUUGCUUAUGGUGGAUACUUUGAUCAGCAUUACAGAAAUAACUUAUUUACAACAUGGUGUCAACAUCUUCAGGCUGCAAGUAUUCAGUAUCGUGCUGAUAUUGCAAGAACUGAGUAUUUGUCGAAUCCUGAUGAGAGACUUCGUUGGCAGGCAAAUGCUCUGCCAACGGAUGAUUUAUGUACGGAAAAUGCGAUAAUGCUGAAGAGAUUCAAUCGCUAUCCAUUGAUCAUUGAUCCAUCGGGUCAGGCUACUGAGUUCAUCAUGAAUGAAUUUAAGGAUAAGAAGAUAACAAAGACAAGCUUCUUGGAUGAUUCAUUCAGGAAGAAUCUGGAAUCUGCUUUGCGAUUUGGUAAUCCACUUUUGGUGCAAGAUGUUGAAAAUUAUGAUCCAAUUCUCAAUCCGGUACUCAAUAAGGAAUUGAGACGAACUGGUGGACGUGUUUUGAUUUCACUUGGUGAUCAGGAUAUUGAUUUAUCUCCGUCAUUUGUCAUCUUUCUGUCUACGAGAGAUCCAACGGUGGAAUUUUCACCAGAUAUUUGUUCUAGGGUGACUUUUGUCAAUUUCACUGUGACUAGGAGUUCUCUGCAGAGUCAGUGUCUCAAUCAAGUGUUGAAGGCAGAACGUCCGGAUAUUGAUGAAAAACGGUCGGAUUUGCUUAAGUUACAGGGUGAAUUCCAUUUGAGAUUGCGUCAACUGGAAAAGAGUCUCCUUCAGGCACUCAAUGAUGCCAAAGGAAAGAUUCUCGAUGAUGAUUCUGUCAUUACGACUUUGGAGACACUCAAAAAGGAGGCUGCUGAUAUUGGUCAGAAGGUUGAGGAAACGGAUAAGGUUAUUGCAGAAAUUGAAACAGUUUCUCAGCAAUAUUUGUCCCUGUCGCAAGCUUGUAGUAACAUCUACUUCACAAUGGAUAGUUUGAAUCAAGUUCACUUCCUCUAUCAGUAUUCCCUGAAGAUGUUCCUGGAUAUCUUCAGUACGGUUCUCUACAAUAAUAACCGUUUGGAAGGGAUUACGGAUUAUACAACUCGUUUGGGAAUUAUUACAAAGGAUCUCUUUGCCGUUUGCUAUGAUCGAGUAGCUAGGGGAAUGCUACAUGCAGAUCGUUUGACAUUUGCCUUGUUGCUGUGUCGGAUUCAUCUGAAAGGAACAUCCGAAUCGAAUAUGGAUCAAGAAUUUAAUUUCUUCUUGAGGAACAAAGAAGGUCUCGUGAGUGGUCAACAGAGAGUUGAAGGUUUGACGGGAGAACAACUCGAGAGUGUCAAUCGCCUGGCUGCACGUUUACCAAUCUUCCGGAAACUUCUGGAAAAGGUAAAAUCUAUGCCGGAACUUGGAGCUUGGCUUCAGCAAAGUUCUCCAGAGCAAUGUGUACCCCAGCUUUGGGAUGAAUCCAAGGCUCUGUCUCCCAUUGUAGCUGCUAUGCAUCAAUUGCUCUUGAUUCAAGCCUUCCGACCUGAUCGUGUCAUAGCAGCGGCUAAUCUUCUGGUUGCAACAGUUCUUGGAGAAGAUUUCAUGCCACUGGCUGAGAAAGAGUUAGACUUUGCAACUUGCGUUGAGAAGCAAUUAACUUCCAACACCCCAGCUUUGCUUUGCUCAGUUCCUGGUUUUGAUGCAUCAAGCCGAGUGGACGAUCUAGCGGCUGAGCUCAAUAAACAAAUCUCUAGUAUUGCCAUUGGGUCAGCUGAGGGCUUCAAUCAAGCUGAAAGGGCUAUCAAUGCUGCCUGCAAGAGUGGUCGAUGGGUUCUUCUGAAGAACGUCCAUCUCGCUCCACAGUGGCUUGUGCAGUUGGAAAAGAAACUCCAUUCCCUGCAGCCACAUGCAGGAUUCCGACUCUUCCUCACCAUGGAGAUCAGUCCACGGGUUCCAGUCAAUCUCCUCCGAGCUGGAAGGAUUUUUGUCUACGAACCACCACCAGGUAUUCGUGCUAAUCUCCUCCGAACCUUCUCAACUGUCCCAGCUGGACGAAUGAUGAAGCAACCCAGUGAAAGAGCAAGACUCUACUUCCUCCUGGCCUGGUUCCAUGCCAUUGUCCAGGAACGUCUAAGAUAUGCCCCAUUGGGAUGGGCUAAGAAAUAUGAAUUCAAUGAAUCAGAUUUACGUGUAGCAUGUGACACACUUGACACAUGGAUUGAUGCAACUGCCAUGGGACGCACAAAUCUCCCUCCCGAGAAGGUACCAUGGGAUGCCCUGGUGACUCUUCUGUCUCAGAGUAUCUAUGGUGGAAAGAUAGAUAAUGAUUUCGAUCAGCGUCUCUUGCAAUCUUUCCUCGCGAAACUCUUCACAGCCCGCAGCUUUGAGGGUGAUUUUGCACUUGUGGCCAAUGUGGAUGGUGUUGCCGGUGGACCAAAUGGUCAGCGUCACAUUACAAUGCCCGAUGGCACUAGGCGUGAUCAUUUCCUCAAGUGGAUUGAGGGUUUGGCUGAUAGGCAGACGCCAUCUUGGCUGGGAUUGCCAAACAAUGCUGAAAGAGUUCUACUGACCACUCGCGGAACGGAUCUGAUCAGUAAAAUGCUGAAGAUGCAGCAAUUGGAGGAUGAUGAUGAAUUGGCUUACAGUUCGGCAGAUGAGAGUUUGGACAUCACGCAGACAAAGCAGGAAGAUGGUCGCCCAUCAUGGAUGAAGACUCUACACAACAGUGCUACGUCCUGGCUGGAAUUGCUACCGAAAUCUCUGGCAACGCUCAAGAGGACUGUGGAAAACAUCAAGGAUCCGCUUUACAGAUAUUUCGAGCGUGAAGUUGCUUCUGGAGCCAAGUUGCUGCAGACAGUGAUUUCGGAUUUGCAGGAUGUGGUGCUGAUUUGUCAGGGUGAGAAGAAGCAGACAAAUCACCAUCGUAGUAUGUUGAGUGAAUUGGUCAGGGGAAUUAUUCCUGUUGGAUGGAGAAGAUAUACAGUUCCAGCUGGAUGCACUGUCAUUCAGUGGAUCACGGAUUUUAGUCACAGGGUGCAGCAAUUGCAGAAAGUGUCGACUCUGGUGUCUCAGGCUGGUGCUAAGGAACUCCAGAGUUUUCCAGUUUGGUUGGGUGGAUUGCUCAAUCCGGAAGCCUACAUUACGGCUACGAGACAGUGCGUGGCUCAGGCUAACAGUUGGUCCCUGGAGGAAUUGAUGCUGGAGGUGACGAUCAAUGAGACAAAUUCGGAGGCUGAUCAGAAAGAUAGUUGCUUUGGUGUUGUUGGGUUGAAAUUGCAAGGGGCCCAGUGCAAGAAUAACCAAUUGCUUUUGACUUCAACAAUCAUGAUGGACCUGCCCUUGACCCUCCUCAAGUGGUCACGAUCCACGGCUGAGCAGCGCCCUGGUAAACUCACGUUGCCCGUCUACUUGAAUUCCACGCGAACGGAACUGCUUUUCACGGUGGAUUUGGCCGUUGCACCUGGCCAAGAUCCUCAUAGUUUCUACGAACGAGGUGUGGCUGUUCUGACGUCCACGGCACUCAAUUAAAAAGAAAAAAAGGUAUGGCACUUCUUCUUCUCAGAGUUAAGACAUUUAUGAUAAAAGUAAUGGGAAGCGGGAGGGGGGAGGAGAUGUUGAUGGGCGAAUGGAGGAAGGAGGAGCAAUUUUGACAACUUCAAAGUUGGAGAGAGAGAGAAAAUUGCACGAUCAGUGAAGGGCAGAUAAUUAUGCUGAAAAUAAUUCUCUUAUACAGCCAAUAUCUCUCUAAAGAAUUAACAAUUCAAUGUUCUUUUAUUUUUUUUAUGCUUUCAAUUUAAUAAAUCCUUCAUAAUUUUCACUUUUAAAUUACAAUAAAAAAUAAAUUUCAAAAAAAAUCCAGCUUAAAUAUUUAUGCGAUAAAAGCGCAAGUAUCAAUAAUAAAAAUAUAUAAUCACAUAAUAAAUAAUUCACUUUAUAAAGCAUACAAUUUAAUGGGCAAACUUUCUUCCUAAAGGUGCAAAGUAGCAUUUGAAAUGUAUUUCUUUUUCCUUUUUGCACAACAUGUAAUGGAAGAAAUUAUACUCUCAGUUAAUUGAAAUAUAAAUUAUGCAAAUGAUAUCAA